UCGUCCGUUUCCGUCUUCAGCCGGCUGAACGGGUUUUGGGUUAAAUUAUAUGGAUUUGUUGCAUGAUCGUAGAAUUUUUGCAGUCGUAUCUAUAUGUUACAUGUGCUUCUUCGGAGCAGGGGAAGCGCCGUAUGUAUCGUCUGUAUCGGUCUGUAUAGCGACUGGCUACGGGCUGGACGACCGAAGAGUCGGAUUUCGAAUUCCGGUAGGUUCAAGAAUUUUCUCUACGUCGUCCAGACCGCCUUUGGGACCCAUCAAACCUCCUGUUCAACGAUAACCGGUGAUAGAGCAGCUGGAGCGCAAAGCUGACCACUCACCUCCAACUAAAGCAGAGGUCGAGGAAACGCUGAUCUGUACAUCUGCUUCCUCAUACGUCUUCAUGGCGUAGUGCUUAAUUAGCUAAGCAAAGGGACAACUUUACACAUGCUUCAUCUUCCAUAAGGCCUCGAAACAGGAGCUUUCAGCAGCAUAAUCACUUGGAAUUGCCAUGCAUAUAUAAUAAUUACGACCAAGCACUAGCAUGAAACCAUUAGUCUACUUGUUCCUUAUCUCGGAUGACUAUUGCAAGGAAUUCAAGAAUGCUUAUAUGUGACCUGCUUGCAAGCGUGCUGCCCAUCUGUACCUAAGAGCGUAUGCCACGAUUCAUUGUUUUGUGUUCCUUUGUCUCGCCUAAGGUGGUAUAGUCAUCACGAUGAUCACGAUCAUCACGAUAUUUAGGGUCAUUCUGUGGUUCACUUGCUCGUGUGUAACUCCAUUCCCGUAACUCGAAAGUGCAAGAGGAACCAUGGCUCAGCUAACCCACCUGUCAAAUUCAUAUGUUUGCCUUCUAUGACUCAUGGCAGCGUUGGUAUAGUGAUCCGUGCAGCAAAUCAUCUAUGGUUCGGCUGAUGACAAGGUAUUUCUUAAAACAGGAAUCCCAAAAGGAUAAACAAAAGCCUCAAAAUAAAGGCAAUGAAGGGUCUAUUAAAGAAUUAAGAACAUUUAAGAGACCCAAAUAUAAAUCUUCUAUAGAGAAAUCCCAAAAGGAAAUCGAUGCACUGGUAACAGUUGUGAAAUAUAAAAGGAAGGCAUGGAGGGGUAGAAAAUAUGAAGAUGAUAAGCUUGCAGGUGCCCGCGUACAGGCACCAUGGAACAGGAAAUCAAAACGUGUCCCAGUCCCGGAGGAUAAAUUGGCUCAUCACAGUCGUGGGGAAGGUUUAUCUGGUGAUGGGAUAAAAACAGACUUUCAUCAGAAGAAGCUAAAGAAGCAUGAAGCAAAUAUUGAAUUUUCUAUAGAACAAGCAGCAAGAGCAGAAAUCCUUUUACCAGAAGAAAGCGGAUUUUUGUUAGCAGAUGAAGGUGAGCUAACUACACAGUUCACCCAACAGCAAAUUGCUUCUUCUGUUGAUAUCACAAGUGCAACCAAACACUUUGACUUACAUCUGGCAGAAUUUGGACCAUAUAGGAUGAACUACAGUCGGAAUGGUCGCUUUCUCCUUAUAGGCGGCAGAAGAGGGCAUGUUGCUGCCAUGGACUGGGUAACAAAGAAGCUGCUGUGUGAAGUGAAUGUUAUGGAGGCAGUUUAUGAUGUACAAUGGUUACAUGUGGAGACAAUGUUUGCAGUUGCACAGAAGCAGUGGGUGUAUGUGUAUGACAAUCAGGGCAUUGAACUUCACUGCAUCAAGAAAUUAAAUAAAAUCCUUCAUAUGGAAUUCUUGCCUUAUCAUUUUCUUCUUGCGACUGCGAGUGAAGAAGGGUACCUCAGCUGGUUAGAUAUCUCCAUAGGUAAAAUGGUAUCUCAAUUCAAUACCAGAAUGGGGCGAUUGAAUCUUAUGACUCUGAAUCCAUACAAUGCUGUUGUGUGUCUUGGACAUUCGAAAGGUAUAGUGACAAUGUGGAGUCCAAAUGUGAAAGAACCAUUGUCCAAAAUGUUGUGUCAUCAACAUCCUUUGCAGAGCCUCGCUAUUGACUCUCAAGGCCAAUAUAUGGCAACGGCUGCAGUGGACAGAACUCUUAAGAUCUGGGAUGUCCGGAAAUUGGAGGGACCCUUACAGCAGUAUAAGCUUCAUGCUGUUGCAUCCAAUCUUGCAUUCAGUCAACGAGGCUUGUUGGCCAUUGGGAUGGGCAAUGUUGUAGAGGUGUACAGGGACUGUUGCCAGAGGCCAGCAGACCGUCCAUACUUACGGCACAGGUUGUUUAAAAGAAUUGGAAAUAUGCAAUUCUGCCCUUAUGAGGAUGUUUUAGGAGUGGCAUCGGAUAGUGGCUUCACUAGUUUGAUUAUUCCAGGAAGUGGAGAGCCGAACUUUGAUGCUUUGGAAAGUAACCCCUUCCAGAGUAAAUCCCAGAGAAGAGAAUCUGAGGUGAAGUCUCUGUUAGAGAAGAUUCAACCUGAAUUCAUAACAUUGGAUCCGACAGUAAUAACUGAUGUACACAUUCCAACACUCAGAGAUAAAGUGGAAGCAAAGAAAAAGUUGCUUUUCUUGAAACCACCGAAGAUUGAUUUCCAGCCUCGUAAUAAGAGUGGGAAAAAGAAAGGCACUGUCAAAGUUGCACAGACAAAAAGAAUUGUCCGAGAGGAACAAAGAAGGGAGUUUGUCAAGACCCUGAAAGAUGCUGGCAUUGGUGAAAUAACUUCCCCUCAAAAUACGGAGAGUUCCAGUGUAUCAGUGAAACACAAACCAUUUACUGCUCUAGACAGAUUCAAACCAAAGAAGAAAAAGGAGGAAGGUUAAUUAUGUAAGAUUUGAGGUUUUCACGGCCGUGACUAUGAACAAAGCCGUCUUCUUGCCCCCCCCUGCAGGUCAUACUCCACAGACCCUUCCCCUCUCCUCUCUUAGAUUUCCCAUGUAGCCCCCCCUCUCUAUUCUCUUCCUGCUCUUAUACAG